UGGCAGCGCCGACCCUUUUUUUCACUCAGUUGACACUCAGUUUGCUUCCUGUACAGCCGUCAAACGCUCUGCACCAUCAACAACAUGGCCUUAUGCAGAAAAGACAGCUUCCUCUGGGGGAAAGCUCCACCGAAACUCCCCCCAGGAGAGAGGAGGCAGGGUGAAACCAUCAAGAUCCACAAGUUUGAGCUCCUGGAUGACAUUCAGAAGCUGAGAUUGGAAAUCAAUCGCGUCAUGCCAGAAAUCCACAGCCCUGAACUGAAGGAGCAGAAGAGAUUCUUACGUGGGAAAAAGAAAUUCAACAUGGACCCCAAAAAGGGUGUCCAUUACCUGGUCGAAAAUGACCUGCUGGAAUGGCGAGCAGAGUCGGUGGCAGAGUUUCUUUACAAAGAGGAGGGACUGAACAAGACGGCCAUCGGCAACUUCUUGGGAGAAAGGGAGGAAAUGCACCUGGAGACACUGAAAGCCUUUGUGGGCCUGCAUGAAUUCUCAGACCUGAAUCUGGUGCAGGCGCUGAGGCAGUUUCUGUGGAGCUUUCGCCUCCCGGGAGAAGCUCAGAAGAUUGACAGGAUGAUGGAGGCAUUUGCAACUCGCUACUGUGACUGUAACCCAGGCGUCUUCCAAUCCACAGACACAUGCUACAUCCUGUCUUUUGCCAUCAUCAUGCUCAACACGAGUCUCCACAACCCCAGCGUGAAAGACAAACCCAAUCUGCAGCAAUUUGUUUCCAUGAACAGAGGAAUCAACAAUGGGGAGGACCUGCCCACCGAGCUGCUCACGAAACUGUAUGCGAGCAUCCGCAGCGAGCCCUUCAAAAUCCCAGAGGAUGAUGGGAACGACCUCACACUGACGUUUUUUAAUCCAGACAGAGAAGGCUGGCUCCUUAAAAUGGGUGGCCGAGUUAAAACCUGGAAGAGGAGGUGGUUUAUUUUGACAGACAGCUGCCUGUACUACUUUGAAUACACCACAGAUAAAGACCCAAUCGGGAUUAUUCCUCUGGAGAACCUGUGUGUCAGGAAGCUACGAGACACAAGCAAAAUGUAUUGUCUGGAGUUAUAUAACCCCAAAGGACAAAAGAUCAAGGCCUGUAAGACGCAGAACAAGGGCAGAGUGGUGCAGGGUAAACAUCAGUCCUAUAAGCUCAGUGCAGCCAGUGCAGAAGAACGGGACACCUGGAUAGAUGCAAUCAGAGCGAGUAUCACCAAGGACCCUUUUUAUGACCUGGUGACUCUACGAAAGAGGAAGGUCAUUAGCAACACUUCCUCAUAGCACC